AUGAGCAAUAUUUCUGUCGAUACAACGCAACAUGCCGCACAUGGUGUUUCCAGGCAGCAUUCACCCCACUUUCUCGAGCCGGACAAAGACACCACUCAGUCCAAGAGGGUGAACUCUGCCGAAGAGGAUGUGUGGAAAUGGUCUGCGCAAGGGAUCAACUUCUGGACGGUGAUAGUCGCUUUGUCAAUAACCGACUUCUUGUCGGCAAUGGAUCUGACAGCCGUCUCCACAGCGCUUCCCACUAUCACCAGUGAUCUCAGAGGCAAUGACUUCAUCUGGCCCGGGAGUGCGUACACGCUGGCCGCCACGGCGGUUGUCCCAUUGUGCGGCGGGAUGGUCUCGAUCUUCGGGAGGAAACCUGUACUGCUGGUUUUGAUCGCCUUCUUCACCUUGGGGUCCGCUCUCGCUGGUGCGGCGCAGAGCUUGACCAUGUUCAUAGCUGCGCGAGUCAUUCAAGGUAUCGCGUCAGGAGGAUGCAUCGCUGUGACGGAGAUCAUCUACGCAGAUCUCGUCCCUCUGCCUCAACGAGGUAUCGUCCUUGCAAUCGCGGCAAUCAUCUGGGCCACUGCUUCUGCCAUCGGCCCGACAGUCGGGGGUGUGAUCGCCAAUGCUGGCGCUUGGCGCUGGCUUUUCUAUCUCAAUCUUCCUGUAUCAGGGAUAGCGUUCGCACUGGUGUUCGUCUUUUUCAAGGUCAAGGCACCGAGGUCGACAUUUGGCAUGAAGAUGCGGCGGAUAGACUGGAUCGGCAGUAUCACGAUUAUUGGAGGCGCAACCUCUCUCACAUUGGGUCUAACGUGGGGUGGUGCUCAAUUCCGGUGGUCGUCUUAUCAGACUAUUCUUCCGUUGGCUGUGGGGUGUGUUGCCCUACUCGUAUUCCCCUUGAUUGAAAGGUUCUGGAGCACAGAGCCCAUAAUUCCAUGGGUCGCGGUCUCCAAUCGCACCUCGCUUGCGGGAUAUCUUGGGACACUCGUGCAUAGCAUUGUAGCGUUUUGCGCCAUAUAUUAUCUUCCUGUUUACUUCCAGGCCGUGUUGGGUGCAUCACCUUCUCGCUCGGGAGUUGACCUCCUUGGUCUUGUUAUGUUCAUAACCCCAUCCGCGAUGGCCUGUGGGGCAACGGUUCAAUCAUUCCGUCGGUAUCGGCCCCAGAACCUCGUCGGCUGGUCACUCAUCAUCGUCGGCUUUGGCAUCCUGACAAUACUGGAUCGCAAUAGCGGCGUCGCGCGUUACAUCGGCUGUCAAGUGGUGUUGGGUAUCGGGCUAGGCAUCGUUUGGGUCGGAGUAUCAUUUCCAAUUCUGGCACCACUGCCGAACUCCAAUAACGCCCACGCCUUGGCCUUCUCCACCUUUGCGCGCGAUCUAUCACAGACAUGGGGCAUCGCUAUAGGCGGGGCCAUUCUACAGAAUGAACUGACCCAUCGUCUUCCUGAUCGGUACAAAACAGAGUUUCCACAAGGCAUAUCUUCAGCCUACGCUGCUAUUCCGCUGGUUUCAGCACUCCCAGAACCCUUGCGCGGAGAGGUUCGUGCCGCCUUCGUAGAUAGUUUGCGGGUCAUGUGGCAAGUCAUGAUUGGCAUCGCCGGUCUUGGGAUGUUGACGCUCCUGCUGAUGAAGGAGGUGGAGAUGCGAACAAAUAUUGAUCAGCAAUGGGCGUUACAGCAGGAAGACAAGCAAACGCUACGAGACCCACCGGUAUCUUUCUCCGGUUGCUAA